AUGACUUAGUUGACCUUGAGGAAGAAGCCGCUCGGUAUGAGAAAGAGAUUUAUCCUGACUGGCCACUUGCCAACACUAUGCAGAAACAAGCCAAAGAAUUAGAUAAGAAAGCAAUUGUACCAACGGCACCCCCUGCACCUCCGUAUAACUUUCAAUGUAAAAGGAUGGUGAAGCCUGCAGGAGGUAUUUCUUUUUACCCAGAAGUAUGGAAAGAGUUAGGAUUGAGUUUUCCAGUUUUUCUGGAUGCAAAGAGGCAGCUGAAAGACCCUCAGAGAGAAUCUUCCUUUAGGAAGGAGAUCCCCAAGCCCAAUGACCAGGCCAAGACCUCCGGAAGCAAUCAGCAAGAGGGUUUAUUGUACACAGGUAUCUGCAGAUAUCUGUGGGUGUCUCAGUCAACUCGGGGGACUGGCGUGCCCUCGGAGCCAGUGACGGGUUUUUUAUAGGGUUCUGGGGAGCAGAAUCAAGCAUACAGAAGCAGAUUCAUGGUUACAGGGACAUAAUUGGUGGAUUCUAAUGAGGCAAGUCUUUAGCCUGGGGGGCAAGUUCCCUGGCCGCCUUCCUGGAACAUAACGGCUGACUCGGCCCCCCACUAGGGUGUGGGACCUCUCCCGGGGUGGCCCUCCACCUCCCCCUUUGUUGCCAGGCACUCAACCACAAACAUCUCAGUGUUCCAACCCUUCCCUGAACCAGUCAUCCAAGCACAGCCUUGUAAAAUGGCAUUACUGCUGCUAAGCCGGGGUCUCUCAUUCUCCCAUUUUUUUUCUGCUAACUUUGAGUGAAAGCUUUUACUCGACUUGGUUAAGAGAUCUCUGUUUCCUGUUGUCUCAGCCUAUGGUAUAGGGUUCUAAUCUGGACACUAUCUGAACCUAUAUACCAAGGUCAUGACUGUCUUUUAGAACUUUUAAACUUAUAUAGAUCGUGAUCCCUGAGGCACAGUCCCAAGAAGUGUUAGGAGUACUAACAUAUGUAAUGUUAUAUCAUUUGUAAUAGAAAUCAGGCCUAUCCCCACAUCUAUCCCAAUGGAACCCAGGGCAAACAUGAAAUUCUUGUUUUUAAAGCACACUCCUCAAGUGAGCAAUAUAGCAACCUCCCAGUUUCGUCUCUGAUGUAUCCACUUAUCUGAUGUUUAAUUCUAGGGAGCUUUUUGAAGAUCUGAGUGUCCCUCUAGGUCCCAGCUCUCAGCCCCGACAGCUAGUACACGGCUGGUUAGGGCUGAGACUUGAUGGCUGUCACGGUAGUCAGUAGCACCAGGUACGGUCCUUUCCAGCGAGGCUCGAAUGUCUGGGCUCCGUGUUGUUGUAUGUAGCUGCAGUCUCCGACCUGGAACUGAUGAGAUGUCUCCGAGGUCCCUGGGGCAUAGGCUGUUGCCAGCUGUGAGCAGAUUUCUUUCCGUAUCACCUGUAGGUCUUUUAACCUGGCAUAUAAAUCAUUAUUACUAUGACGUGUUGGUUCAGUAACAUCAUCUAAUACAGUCAGAGGAGCUGAGGCCCCAUAUAAGAUCUCAAAGGGGGUAAGGCUGAAUCUGGAAGGGGUAUUUCUUGCUCUGAAGAGAUCAAGAGGGAAGGAGUAUCACCCAGUCUGUGCCAGUCUCCAUGGUCAAUUUGAUCAGGGUCUCUUUUAGAGUUUUAUUUAUUUAUUUUACCUGUCCUGAACUUUGAGGUCUGUAAAUACAAUGUAAUUUCUAAUCGACCUCUAAAUAUUUGGCCACACCCUGGCUUACCUUGGCAAUGAAAGUAGGGCCAUUGUCUGACCAGAGUACCUUGGGCACUCCAGACCUGUGGAAGAUGUCUUUCAGUAUCUUCUUGAUGACUACCGAGGCCGUCUCUUGGUGAGGAAAGCUUUUAUCUAUUCCUGAAAAGGUGUCUACAAGCACUAGGAGAUACUUGUGAUCAUAUUUUUUCAGUGAAGUUUACUUUGACUUUUUACUGAACUCUCUAGGUCUCUUUGUCCUGUUUGUUUGUUAAGCAUUUACUUACUGACAUAUCUUAUAUUUUUUAUUGUCUCUCUGGCUAGAAUAUACACCUUAACUAAUUGGACAAGCUUUUUAUCUAAGUGAGUCCAUUCCUGUGUUUGGCAAAGUGAGUCUUUUGUUUGUUCUCUGAGGAAUAUAGUUUUCUCUCAAGUGUGACAUUGUCUCUUGUAGGCCUGUAACCAGGAUAGGCUCUUAUAUAGCCAUUUUUUUUUUGAGCCACAUUAUCUGCUUUGUUAUUGUCCCAUGUCACUGAAUCUCUUUUUUUUUCUGAUGUUCUGGGCAAUGACUAUUACUCACAGUUGUUGGCUUCAUCAGGGCAUCCAAGAGAUGGCAAAGGUACCUGUGGCACUGACAUGUUGGGGGGUUGAGGUUCAGCCAUUCCAGAUGACAUUGUGUUGUCCACCAUGGUGACACCCACUUAUCUCUGACCUUUAUGAAGUGAAAGACUCCAGCCUAAUAGCAGUAAUGGAAAGACCCCAGCCUAGCAGCAGUAACGCCAUUUUACAAGGCUGUACUUAGGAAGACUGGUUCAGGGAAAGGUCAGAACACUGAGUACACAGCAGCUGCCAUGCAGGAUAUGUGUGGAGAGCCUGGCGACAGGAUGAUUGCGGUUGAACACCUGACAAUAAGAAAGAGGAAUGUGGAAAGCCCCAGGAGAGGUCCCACACCCUGGUGGGAGGCUGAGUCAGCCAUUAUGUUCCAGGAAGACAGCUAGGGAACUUGCCCCCGGGCUGACCCCUAUAACCAUGCAUCUGCUUCUGUAUGCUUGCUUCUGCUCCCCAAAACCCUAUAAAAAGCCCAUCCUUGGUUCCACUGGGCACGCCAGUCUUCCAAAUUGACUGAGACGCCCACAGAUAUCUGUGUAUCUUGAUCAAUAAAAAUCCUCUUGCUGAUUGCAGCCUGUGGACUCGGACUGGUCAUUGGGCUCGAGGAUCUCCCUCCUGAGGGAAGAUUCUCUCUGAGGGUCUUUCAGAAGUGAACUGUUCCCAUCUCUGGACAAGGUCCUUGGAUUUCAGCAGGGGUCAAUCAGCCAGUCACAGAGCUCUUUCCUCCACCCAUGGGCUUCUGUCAGUGCUUGACACUCGUGUUGUGGUGGCUCCAGGUCAGGAUUGGGCAGCAGGGUGACCAGAUUGUCCCCAACCGGUGGAGAAUCUACUCCAUGACCCCAUCUUUUGGAACGUUCUAUGUAGAGGCAAAACAUCAGCCACUCUAUCACAGUUUAAGUCCUGGAUUGGGUGAUAAUUGUUAGUGCCCGGCUGGCAGGAACGGUGUGUUCCAGGCAGAACAGCACUAAGCUAUACAUUUCCCAGCAUCAGGUACUGGUGCACUGAGACAGGUCUUAAGCUCCACAUACACAGUCUGCAGAUAUGCAUACACGUGGCCGCACCCAGACAUUUUAGCCCACACAAGCCAUUUUGGAGAGCAAAUUUCUCAUGAGCAAGGGAUAGGGGCAGUCAGGGAUGACCAUGAACUAGUGGGUUACCCGGCCCACGCCAAGGUCCACUGUUCUUCGGGUAGUCCAUAAGUAUUGUUUGUUGUCAGUAGCCCCUGUACCCAAGGUCUUUGGAUUCUGGCCGACUGGGGCUUAGGAGCACAGAGCAUUGGGUCCCUGUAUCCACAAAACAACCGGGCGGGCUUCUCCUCUAUCUCUGCGCAUAGCCAGCACUCUAGGACCGAGAGGCUCUCCAGUGGCCCCUCUUGUUCUUUCUGGGGCAGUCCCUGACCCGGUGUCCUUUUUCUUUGUAUUAGGCACACUGAUCUUUAGCCAGGAAUUCUCUUCUGUUGCCAGGUACCAUCUUCCUAGGUUCCCUAACUACUGUGGUCAGUAUAUGUUCCUCUCUAGUCUUUUAUCUUUUUAUCUUACCCAGAUUGGUGGGGUAUUUUUUUAGCCCCUCAGAGACCCACCCUUGGAGCCUGGGGGCAGACCCGGAGCACCUCUCUACCUUCAGGCGUAUUGAAUCCAACAGGCAGAAGUGAGGGCCUUCCAUCCAUGUCUGGAACAUUUUUUUUCUGGCCUCUAGUAGGAUUCUGUCUUUCUUCAGUGGUAAGGAAGACCUGUAACAGUUACUAAAAAGCAUCUCAAAUGGGAUGGCAAGAAAACAAGAGUCCAGAAGAUAGGGGUCCGCAGAACAGGGCAAAUAGCAUUAAAACAGAUUCUAUUAAAUCGUUAAGGGCCAUCGGAUCCUUGGAAAAAUGGGGGUGGGAGGGUUGUGCUGUUUCCAGUUAAAAGUGUCAGCCUCUGAGAAUGGCCAGUAUUGGGUCUGGCCACUGGCCCCUUAGGUAAGCAGGAAAGCCUGGGAGGUGGAGUCCGGCGCCACCUCACGCCGGCCCCGGAGUCUCCCAGCCACAGGGGAAGUAACCGCCUCAGGCUGCAGCCCGGCAACUGGUCUGCAGCUCUGCUUCUGCCUCUUUAGCGGGGCCUGUAGGUAGACGAUACGGGAGGGGGGUGUCAAAUGUAAGACUCUCCCAGGUGACAAUAUAGGGCACCUGGUCAGGGUGUCCAUGUGGUCCCUUGUGGAAGACCUGAUCUUUAACCUGUAGACAAACAAUUCCAACAGUCAAACAAGUAACAGACAGAUGCGCCGCGUGGCUUUGGUGCCAAUCCAAAAACAAAAAGUCAGACGGAGGUGCCGAGGGUCUGGAUCCCUCUCCUCCAACCAGAACCACGUAUCCUUCUGAUACGGGCUGAGCUCCGAAAAAUCGGGCUCCACACACCCUUGGAACAUCUUCCAGGGCUGCGGGGGAGAAGUCCAAGCUCAUCAGCUCCUUCUCUGGCCCGCCCAAAUACAAAUGGUGUACUCAGACGGAGGUGCCGAGGGUCCGGGGUCCCUCCGAAAGUUAGACAGAAGCACCAUUGGGUCCAGAUCCCUCUUCUCCAACCAGAACCAGACCUGAGACAGUCGCACAACGGACAGACGCCACAAGACAGGACGAGACAAGAGAAGACAGAUGCCGGCUGGCUUACCUCCCGGUGGGUGGUCGGUGAUCUCUGGGUGGAGGAUCUCCAAAUCCCAGACAAGCCCCCAAAUGAAAGACCCUCAGAGAGAAUCUUCCUUCAGGAAGGAGAUCCACAAGCCCAAUGACCAGGCCAAGACCUCUGGAAGCAAUCAGCAAGAGGGUUUAUUGUACACAGGUAUCUGCAGAUAUCUGUGGGUGUCUCAGUCAACUCGGGGGACUGGCGCGCCCACGGAACCAGGAACGGGUUUUUUUAUAGGGUUUUGGGAGGCAGAAGCAAGCAUACAGAAGCAGAUGCAUGGUUACAGGGACAUAAUUGGUUGAUUCUAAUGAGGCGAGGGUUUAGCCCGUGGGGGCAAGUUCCCUGGCCGCCUUCCUGGAACAUAACGGCUGACUCGGCCCCCCCACUAGGGUGUGGGACCUCUCCCGGGGCUGCCCUCAGCCGCGUUCCCAGUCUUCCAACCCUUCCCUGAACCAGUCAUCCAAGCACAGCCUUGUAAAAUGGCGUUACUGCUGCUAAACUGGGGUCUCUCACAGCGACAUCAUGAACCUGUUGACUUUAAGACAAUAAAGCAAUUAGCAGAGUCAGUCAAAACCUAUGGAGUCAACGCAGCUUUUGUUAUCACUCAAAUUGAGGCUCUUGGCAGAUACUGUCUCACCCCUGGAGAUUGGGGGAGUUUAGCUAGAGUUUGCCUCUCUCCGGCUAUGGAGUAAGUGUAGUGAAAGGAAAUUUAAUUUUAUAGACCCUGCUCUAGUGGCGGUGUAUUGGUUGAUAGCCAACAUUAAUUUUUGAAGCAUAGUGUUUUCUCUGUGCUUGUGCUCCCAGCCCACACAGUAGGGGGGAGCGAAACUAGCUGCGGAGCUGCUGCAGCGAGCAUGGAGACUUCUCAGUCUCACCCAAUUUUUUUGGCUCUUCAAGAGCUGUUUGAGAGAAAAAGGCUUAGGAUAGAGAGAUUUCUUAGUGAGUGUGAUUACCAUUGCACCUUGGUUCACAGUCUCUGGGAAUCUCAUGGUGGACAGCUGAGAUAAGUUGGGGAAAGAUUUAAAUUUUGCUGGGAACAAGGAAUCUUAAAGGUGGAGUUUCAGCCGGUAUGGUACUUAGUGCGUAGCUGCCUAGAAGAUCAGAAGUGCUGUCAGCAGGCUAUAAAAAAGGGGUCAUAUAGUGAAUCAUGGACUUUAGAAGCUAAACAUCUUGAUUCAAGGAGGUGUAGUUUGAGUGGAGGAGGAGGGAGAGGACAAAGGGGUGGUAGAAAAGAAAAGGAAGAGGAAGAGUGAAAAGAAGAUCAAGAAGAGGAACAAGGCAACAAGAAGAAGGAGAACAAGAUGAGGAAGGAGGAGGAAGAAAAGGCAGAGAAGAAGAAACUGAAGAGGAAGAGGAGGAAGAGCGUGAGAAGGAAAACAGGAGCAGUAUAUAUGGAAGAGGAGAAUGAGGACAAGAAGAAUGAGUGGGAGGAGGAGGGGGAAGAAGUUCCUGCUGGAAGAUAGAAAGUUGGGAUAACGGAGGACAGGCAUAUUUGAUACCGAAACACAAAUCUUGGGGAUCUUAAAAGGGUCAGCUCCUGGACUAGAAUGCUGGCCCAGGAAACCCUAAGCUGAUGUGUCUCUUCAGCACAAUCCAACAAAGAGAGGUGCUUAUGGCACUCAAGAUCCACUGGCCAAUCAGGGCCUCUAGGAAGACCCUGCAAUCAGAAGAGGAGGGAUCUUACAGGUGCCUUGUUCCUACAGCAAGUUCAGCUCUCUUGCUGAGGAUGCUUCUAAGGUUGGUAUAGUGUGUUUUGACCUCUUCUGCUGAGUGCUUUCCAGGAGUGCAGGCCUGAGCUACUAAGUCUCAUUGUGGUGAGCAUGUGACCACUGUCCCUAACCUGAAUUAUCAGAGGACUGAGAAUGGGGAGGUGGCAAAGUGGCCCUCCUGUGUGCAGGGUGUAAAUUAGCAGCCACCUUUGAGGUUCUUGUGGUCCUAGCCACUAAGUGUUCUUAUGGGUUUCACAUGAAUAACUUCAGUAUGGGAGACUCAUCUGCACAAAGCAUUUAGAGCAAGGGAUUUCAAGUAGAGAAGCAUCUUUGGCAUGAUUCCAAAUUCGGAGAUCUUGUUUCUCAGCAUCUGAACCUUUCCUUAAGUAUUCCUUGCUUAUUCAAAAUUUCUCUGUUGACCAUUCUCUGCUUAGUACUGUAUACUAUACUUUAAUUGGGAUAUUUGAGUUGUUUCUGUCUAACCUCUUGAGUUCUUCGGAAAUUUUUAAUACUAACCCUAUGUAAGAUAAAGCAUUAGCGAAUAUUCUGUUUCAAUCUGUAGGCUGCUGUUUUGUCCUACUGACAGUGACCUUUACCUUAAAGAUAUUUUGUAGUUUCAUGAAGUCCCACUUUUCAAUUGCUGAUGUUGGUGCCUGAACCAUUGCCACUCUUGUCAGGAAAUUGCAUCUUGAGCACUUGUGUCUGAUAUUAUGUUGAGGUCCUUGAUUCAAUAGGACUGUGGUUGAUGUUUACAUGUGUUCUUGGUUUCAGUUUGGUGUGUGUGUGUGUGUGUGUGUGUGUGUGUGUGUGUGUGUGUGUGUGUGUUGUGGCUUCAUUUUCAUUGAAUUCUGGAAAGUGUAUAAUUACUUUCUUAUUUCUUCACUGACAUGGUGAUCAGAGCAAAAAGAAUAUUUAGUUUGAGAGAAGUUUUAGGCUAUCUGUUCUGUUCAUGGACAGAAGUUUCCCUACUACAGCUGUGUGUUUUUCACCUUCACACUGCGGAAGAUGUUUCUAGGUAAUGAUAAUGCUCCAAAAUCAUUUUCAUCCAUUUCCUUCUUUUCUCCCAGUGUCAGGAGUCUCUAGGUAGUAGCUGCAGUUGUCCUGAUACCAUCGUGAAGUCACAGAAACAAAUGCCAUAAUUUGUAUCCUAAAUCUCUUUUUAAUUGGAAUCUUCUUAGAACAGUUCUCCUGUGAAUGUGAUAGUUCACCCUCCUGCAAGUUGAAUAGUGUAUUGUGAAAUAUAUCCACCUUGAUUCCUGGAGGAAGAAGAGAACAUGCCUGCUGAGUGCUAAUGCUGUCUUCAUUUUAGAUUGUAACCAUAGUAUAAAUACAAGUAAGCAUAACCAUAGUAACUAUAAGUAUUGAAGAAAAGUAUAAGUUGAUAAUGAAUCUUAUUUGCAAGAAAAAUGUUGAAGUGCUAUCUCUUUUAAUGUGUUAUUGCAUUCUUAGAGAGAAACACUUAUUCAGAACAAUUUUCUCAGAACCACAAUGAGUUCCAGACAACUGUCACAGUGGGUAUGGCUGGUUGCUUCUAAACCUCAUGACAUAAUUUCAGUUUCCAAUGGACGCAUAUUAUCUAUGAAUUUUUUUCUCAUUUCUGUAGUUAGAGUCUGGCAUAGGUAUGUCACACACUAGCAGUAUAUAAAAUGUUAAACAAAAUAAGGAACAAUGAUGUCACUUGAAUCUAAAAGCAUACUUGGAUCUUUUCUGUAGAAUGCACAUAGUGGAAGUAGACAAUAGACACCUGUAAGGUGCUUUUCUCUCACUGCUACCUAUACCCAUGUCACAGGUGUAUGUGCACAAACACAGUUGAAACAUUUCUUUAUGCAGAGGAAAUGAACAAUGCAAAGAAUAUGUCCCAUUCUUGAGAAAAUAUGAAAUGAUUUUCCUGGUUAAAUUAUUAUUGCAAUGUUUCAGUAGGUAUUACUAAACAUCAAACCCAUGAGGCUUAAUCUGUAAGUUUUACCUUGCCAUUCAUUCUUUGAAUCAAACUAAGUCUUGAAAAAACAUCUCAGUUGGCCUUUGGGCUGCAUUCGUGUAACCCCAGGACAUGGGGAGGGUGGUAGGCCAGUCUCUCUGAAUUUGAGGCACAUUGCUGUACUUUGUAGUGACAUACUUUAUAGCCACAUUCUGUCUCAAGAAUGAAAUCCGAAAAGAAAGAGCAUACCUUAUUUUAUUGACAUUCCCUAAUAGAAUCUGAGUGUUUUCUGGACUCAUUUGGGAGGAGUUGGAGCCCACAACAAUGCAUGUCAGGUGUACGUGUGAUGUGAGUUGUGCUUCGUGUAAGGAGAGAACAGGAACAUGCAUACGUGAAGAUUGACAUACUGAAUGGGAUCCUUGAUGACUAAAAAACAUUCAUUUUGGAACUCUGUUGGUAACUCUGGGUGACAUCAAGUCUGUCUUCAGGGGACCAUGGACCUCAAACAGAAAUCACUCUAAAACUAUGGAAGUCAGGUAUUUAGAAAGAACAAUGGGGGCUGGAGAGAGGGCUCACAGGUAAGAACACGAAUGCUCUUACAGAGGUCCUGAGUUUAAUACCCAGCAAUGGCACAGUGGCUCACAACCAUUUGUAAUGGGAUCAGAUGACUUCUUGUGGUGUGUCUGAAGAUAGUGAUGGUGUACUCAUAUUUGUAAAGUAAAUACAUCUUUAAAAAUAAAAGAAAGAAUCAUGGACUAUUGAUCAACUACUAGGGAGUGGGCGUUGUAUAUUAAAGAGGAAGAAAAGGCCCUCGACCCCAAUUUUUAGGGUGGACCUGAACACCAGCUGCUUUCCAUUGUAAUCUCUGUAUCCACUCAGAUGUGGUGGGUCAGUCCUGUCCAGUUCUUCCCCUCCUCUUUUUCUUUCACAACAACUACACAGAUCUAUCUUUCUUAGCACAAUGCAUAGCCUCUGUGGCAGUCUCCAAUUAAUACUUAAAGGCAUUUAGUGGCCACCCAAUGGUCCCUGUAAAUGGCCUGCAUGGUAGGAAUUAGGUAGUCAAAAUCUACAUUAAUAUUUCUCUUUUUGCUUAUGGCCUAAUAGAACACUGGACCCCAUAUGUUAGAAUUUCCCUUGGAACGUAAUUCUUAAACAUGACUGAUUCCUCUAGGUAAGGACUUCUGUGCAUAACAAAAGUUUAUUCCUUAACUGAAUACAUGUCAGGGGGAAAAGCACCUAAAAUUCAGUUAAAGAAUUAGAAAAGGGAGAAAAUUGCUGUUCCAAAUGAGUCACACUGAGCAAAUACAUUAGUCUAUUUUCAUUUCUCAUUAAUAAUUUUGUUUUGUUCUUUUUAUUUAUUUUUGUUGUUUUAUAUGAAAGUGUAUUCUUACCAGGAGUCUCUGGCUGCCCUGGAACUCUUGCCUGUUCUAGAACAUCAGAUAAUUCUGCCCGCCCUGCCUCCAAAAUACCAGCAUUAUAGGCGAACUUGUCACAGCUAGAUGGGUCAGUUCUUUUGAGUCUAUCUGGUUAGGGUAGCUAAGACAUAGACUCUGGUCUUAAGUCUAGCAAUAGAUGUCUACCCUGAAAUGCAGCCCUCCAACCUUCAAUUCCAAUGUUUUUCAAAUUAGGAAAAAUUUUGUUUUUGCUUUAUUAUAAUGUUUGUUAUGAGUCACCAAAGGACUAGGGCAGCGUUCUGUCCUUAUUAUACGGAUGGUGAAACCCAGACUCAGAGUGCUAUGCCAUUACUGAAUAGAUAUGUGGACCUGCUCAUUUGUUCAUGCUGUGAUUCAAAUGACUCAGUAAAUGAAGUGGAAGGCAAGGCAACUGCCAGGAGCCAAGUCCUUACUCAUGCUCUGUCUCAGGAAUGUUUCAGGAAUGUCAAGCCCACUUACACCCUCUGGGACAUAGAAGCCAGAUGUCCAUUCUUAUCACUUUUACAGCUUUUGUUCUCCAGCAUCUGUUCUUAUCAGUCCAUACCUGCAAAUUAGGGUUUAGGGCUUUAGGGAGGGUGGUGGCAGUGACUUCUCAGUCUUGGGUCCUGGGUGACCUUACCACCUACUUGUCUUUAUAAGCUGCUGUUUUUGUUCAUUAAAGUUUGAGAGCUUGAUCAGAACACAGACUUGCUCUCCUUCCUUGUGCCUCCUGUCCUCCAUUCUUUUUUUUUUCAGCAUUUUAAAGAAGAUUUAUUUAUUUAUUUAUUUAUUUAUUUAUUUAUUUAUUUAUUUAUUGAAUGUGAGUACACUGUAGCUGUCUUAGGCACACCAGAAGAGGGCAUCGGAUCUCAUUACAGAUGGUUGUGAGCCACCAUGUGGUUGCUGGGAUUUGAACUCAGGACCUCUGAAAGAACAGUCAGUGCUUUUAACCGCUGAGCCACCUCUCCAGCCCCCUGUCCUCCAUUCUUUUGCCCCCUCUCAGGUCUCCUCUGAACCACCACAGGCCGGGGCACUCAACCAGAUAUGGUGGCACAGGUCUGUAAUCAGAAUGCUUGGAAAAUGGAGACAGUAGUUUCAGGAUUUUACAGUCAUCCAAGGUGAAAGUGAUCAAUGGGGUAUGGUGCUAGUCCUAGAGAAACAAGGCAGACUGUGAUUGGCUCAGACCAAUAUCCAUAGUCUUCCCUGCAGCUCCAGAAGCUCAAGGUCCUGAAACCAGUAAGUGUUUGGUAAGGUAUUUAUCAGGAAACAUUUUCCAUCAUUGAUAUUUCUUCCCCUAGACAACCUAGGACAAUUCAGGAUCAGUGUAGGAUCCUAGUAGGAAUCCAAGGGCAACAAUUAUACUCAGGAUGGGAUGAGUUCACUAGUGUCAUAUAGAAAGCAAAUUAUUCAUCCCUGAAACUAUAAAUCAGGGCUGCACCGGCAGGUUUUAUUGAUAUAUUUGUGCAUUAUUUUUCAUCCUUAACAAGAAAAAUUUGAAAAAAAUGGGGACAGAUAAAGAAAAAAUAGAGCAAAGUCAAAAUAAUGCAAUAUAUUUUUAUGUAAUGUGUAUAAAAAUACAUUUUAUAUGAAAAUGUGUCCAGAUAGAUAUCUUAGCACUUUACGAUAAACUGGUCUUUGUUACAGUAGACAAGGAGUCUUAUUUUCAAAACUACUUGGUUGUUAACUAUAAUUACGAAGUACCUGCUGCCCACUUCUGGUCUCACCUUAUACUGUUCUCAGACCCAUGCAGUCAAGAUACCAAUACAUAUAAAAUAGCAUUUAAAAAGAAUAGCUCAAAAAACUGGAAUUCUCCAAACUGAAGUCAUUGUCCUAAGAAAUAGAGCAGUCAGGGAUAAAUGAAAUGUAAUUCAUUCUUGUACUGCAUUGAUGCAUCCAUUGCCUUCCUCUGAACCAGCUUGUUCAGGAAGAAAAGCUGCUUUACUAUGAUAUUAGGAUAGCUCAGCAGAGUUGUUCAUGUAAGAGCAGUAACCACAGUACUAUCAGGUGACUUUUCCAUGAUGUAUUCUCUGCCUGUUCUCUGUCCUUUGUAUGUGUGAGAAUUGUGGCAUUGAUACAUCAUUUAAUGCUAUCAUAGAGAUCUUACUUCAUGAUUAAAAUGUAAAUCUGUGCUGAAAACCACCAUCUUCCUCAGAUGCUAGACUUGCAGAGUCCUUUCCCUAUUGAUGUGGUUCUAAGGAAGACCUUGGGCCUAAAACUCAGAAAUAAGUAGGAAUGAUAGCAUAUGUGGAAUGCAAAUUCUGUUCCAGUUUGGUUCUCUUUGAACUGAAUACACACUCUUUUUAAAGAUAUUUUAAAAGUAAUUAUUUAGUGUUGGGCAGUAAAUCCCUUAUCAAACACAUAUUAAUGCUAGAGCAGCUGUACCUGCAAACUAGAAAGAUGUUUCUGAGAAAAGCUCUACCACAGCCAUGUGUCCCUGAUCCCAGUUGUUGCUCCUGAGGGCCACAAAUACUGUCUUCUUCAUUAGCAAGCUAAAUUCUUUUUUUUUAAAGAUUUAUUUUAUUUAUUAUAUAUAAGUACACUCUAGCUGUCUUCAGAUACACCAGAAGAGGGCAUCGGAUCUCUUUACAGAUUGUUGUGAGCCACCAUGUGGUUGCUGGGAAUUGAACUCAUGACCUCUGGAAGAACAGUCGGGUGUUCUUAACCACUGAGCCAUCUUUCCAGCCCAGCAAGCUAAAUUCUUAAAUUAACUGCCCACACCACCACUCAGUUUUAAAAUUCCCUCUUGGAGCUAUGUAGACAACAUUCAUUGAAGCAAGAGGAAAAGGAUCUGCAUGUGGAGCAUGGCUUCUACCUUCAGACCACAGUAGGAGGACUAGUUUCUCGUGUAAAUCAUGGAGACAAAUAGGGCAAGCAAACAACUGUUAGCACCAAGAUUAUGUAGAAGUACCAGGUUGGGGCCACGGUGAGUGAUUUUGUAAUUUCCCAGCCUGUAUUAAUUCAUGUUCUGUGUAUGAAAGCAAAUCACAGUAGUGGUCAUACAAAUUGGGAAGAUUAGCUUGAUCCAUUUAAUAUUAAAUUUCCAACUAGAGGGCACUAUUGGAGAUAUGUCCAAUGCACUUGCAAAUUUACUUCAGCUCAGACUGUUUCAAAACAAUCUGAUGUUUUGUGGAGCUCUAGUUAUAUAUAGAUCACUGUGAGCUGCCAUGUAAAUGUUAGGGAUAAAGCCUGCUUCUAUAGUUAGUGCUUUUUACAACAACCCACUUUGAACAUAGUAAAGUAUGAUCUCAUGCACAAGGUAUUUGGGACAAGAGGAGCAGCUUUGAAAAGAGCUGCAAGCAUGUAGAGGAGUUGACCUACAAGUGAGCUAUGUGUGCUUCAGUGACAGAGUUGGCAGAGUAAGGAUAGCUAAGUACACUGUAGUUAGGCGACUUCAUCAUAAUCUCAAGAAGCUGAACAAUGAUCUUCCUGACUCCAUGUUUUCCUGCUGGAUUUAGUCUUGCUUUGGUCUGUUCCAUCCUUAGCAUGCUUUGACUCAUUGUGAAGUAAUACCGUUUAUUCUUCACACUGUAUGGCGGAAACCUAGCACUCUUGUUGAAGGUCAUGGAAGAUUGUGGGAGUGUAAGAGGUAGUUUGCACUCUCUAAGAUUUUAGCAAAAUGUGGUGUUGAAACGGGAAUGUGUCCCAUUCACUCAUAUCUAAAAAUACGUACUUUCCAGUACCUGGAAGACUGUGGAAAGGAAUAGAGAUGUGAGCACAUGUGUAUCAUGUAGAUGUACUAAGAUCCUUUAUAAGCCUAUGACCAUGCAAAGUGUGCUGCCUAUUUCCUUUCUGAGUUUCAAAAUGUGAACUCUAUUUUCUUCUCAUUUCCAUGGGUUUUUAUUUUCUUUGAGGACUCUAAGCCUUUGGAUGUAGAAGUCCAAUUUAAUUCUUUCAAUUAUAAUUUGCCUUGGCCAUGAUGUGUUUUAUGACAACACUAAAUGUUAACUACACAGAAAGGUUUUGUGAACAGUGAGAGCACAGUACACCUCCCCUUCCAAUGAGAAACCAUGGAGGGUAUUUUCUAAAUCGAGUUUCAGAGCAGUUAGCUUAAGUCCAUUCCCUUUGAGAGUAAGAGCUACCCCAUGAUAGACAAGUCUAGGCUGCUAUGGAGAAUCAAUCCUGUUAGGAACAUAAUGCUUUAUUCUAAACAGGCCAAUAACAAAUUACUUUUCAGGUCACUCUUAUGUAGAAGAUUAUCAUGCUAGGAAUAGUGGUUCAAUUGCAUGGCAUAAAUAUAUACUGCUAUUUCAGUAUCUAUACUGCGUUCAGUAUUUAUUAUAUAUUUUAGUGUGCUUAGUGUAUCAAGGUCAGCAGGAGUUCUAAAUGAGACUCUGUCUCAUACAGAGGAGACAGAUCAAACAUAUUUGUGACAGCCUAGCAGACUACACUCUUUCUACAAGUUACUAUUUAAUCACAAUGUAAAAUUUGACUUCUAAGUUAAAAGUCACCUUUUUUUUUACUUGUUCUUCCUCUAUAAUCUUGUGAUUUCCACAUCAUAAAUGAUUAAUACUAUUUAUGGUAUGUUUUAAAGAUUGGCUGAUAUUUAACUAAUUUAAUACCUGAAAAGAAUCUCCUUUUGUCAUCACGUGCUAUAUUACUGAGCCUUGAUUUUGACUAUUAAAAGGCUCUACUACUUUUAGUCAGGGCUACCUUAUAUACUGGGAAUGAAAUCUCAAUGGUCUGAUAGAACGUUUAGGACUCUGUGUUUGGGGGGUACAUUCUAUCCUAGGUUGUCUAUUCUUGAUCAUGUUUCUUGUCCUAGGUGUUCUAGGACAUGUGGGGGGGACACGAUUUCCUAGAUGGGUCCCUGAAGAAAGGAAAUGAAAUCUUGGUAAGACAUGAGAAUGAAAAGCCUCAUGAAAAUUGUCUUUUUCAACCUGGAUCAGAAUUCAGGGCACCUAACACCAGGCAAAUCAUUGCCAGCAUACCUAAAACACAUUACAAUAAGGCAAAAGUUUUCCAGGCAACUGUCAAUCCAAUCAGUCCAAUUCCAGGGCCAAAAUACAUACUAGGAAGUACCGAGACAGAAACCCUUUUUCCAAAAGCAUAUUACCAGGGAAUAGAUUGUCUAGCUUAACGAUGUAUGAUCAAAUGUGGUCUCUGACAAAUAACAAAGAGGACGGCAGACCAUAAAAUACAUGUCACAUUUUACAUAAGGUUAAGUGACAGUUCGGAGUGGGCAAAGCAUGGGUUAAUCAUUCUUGGGAAUUUGGGUGACAUCUACCUUUAUAUCAAGGUAGGGGACUUCUCCCACCACAAAAAGCAAAAAGCUGAAAAUGUAAAUAAAAAAAAAAUACACUUGCAGGUUUUAGAUUCCAGGCAGGCACUUGAUCUCCAUCACUAAGGAGGGAGACCCUUCCUUAUUUUCCUAAUAAUUGGUGGAUGCAUUGUGAUCUGCAAAUCCUAUUGCUUAUUAAAGUUUGGAACUCCUCUUCAAGUUGGAGAAUUAGGCUCAGGCAGUGAAUUUCUUUUUGGCUAAUCAAUACAACAUGGUCAGUCCUUCAACCAUAUACCUAUAACCAGUAGAAAUGCAUCAAAAAAUUUAUUUAUGCGUUUGAGCAUUUAUAUUGACACAUACAUAACAAAGAAGAAAUUAGUGGGGAAGAAUCUAGGAUUGAGCAAAAACAAAGAAGGGCAUAAAUUGUUGAGGAUAUUUGAUUAUGGUUCCUAGAAAGAGUAGUUGUAGUAAAAAACCAAAGCUUAGGAUGAUAUUGCCUUUUCAGAUGCAGCUGGGUGUGUCCUGAAAAGAUGUGGUUUGGUUGUGUCUCUGAAAGUCUCACUAGAUAAGAAUUCUAAAGAGAGGAAAGUUCUUGCCUAUUUUAAAACAAAUUGCUGGAGAGGGAUCUUGUUUCUUUGCUGUCAGACUUGAGGCCAUGUCAGCUGGAUGCAUUGAGGUGCUCGUCAGUUAAGUUGAAAACUGUUGACUCCCUACAGACUGUGCUUGGAUCCUCACAGCAGAACCACUAAUUGCAAUGACCUGCUACAGCCUGACAAGGGUAUAGUGAGGAAGAUAGAGUCUUCUUUAGCAGCAAUUAGACAUUCGAGAGCCCCCUUGGUGGGCACUCUCUUUUGACUCUAUGUCUGUCUCUUGGCUUAGAAGAAUAUCUUGGAAGAAGAGGGGUGAGAAAUAGCAGGACACAGAUGAAACAGGAUGUGAGGAAAGGCAGCAGAGGAGCUCCCAUGAGUUCUGAUGACCUCAAGAGAAAGGUCGCCUAUCUAGGUAAAAGGUCAUGGAUGAAGGAGAGGUCUGAGCACCUAGCAGUUUAGUUGUAUAUUCAAGCUUAUAAAUAGAUAUUUGUCAUAUACUUAGGAAAAUUAAUUUUACUCUCUAGGUUAGCAGGUUUGUACCAAACCUCCCUUCUUGUUUGUCAGUAUUGGAAAUACAUAUUAGGAAGAUGUAAAAAGGUAAAGGUUACACACAGUGAUAUAUUAUAUUUCAAAUGUAUAAAUAUUAAUUUAAAAUGAAAAUAUACUAAAUAAUGAUAUGGCUAAGUUUUGAACAUUGAAUGUUGUUACACAAGACACAGGUUGCAUUACCAGAGACCAUAUGGCAGGACUCCUGCUGCUCUGACUGCAAUCUCUCGGAUAUAUUCCCCUCCUCUGACCCUUGUACAAACAAGUGCCAGAAAAACACUCAUAUACAUAAAAUAAAAAUAAAGUAUAAAAAAACGGAGUCUUCUAUGCAGAUGUCACAGCCUUGAGACAAACAGCACUCAGGAUGAGGUCAGAUGCCCUUCAGUUAAAAUUACUCUAGUUAAUUACCUAAAACUGAAACCAGUGGACACUAUGUGGGCUUUAUAUUAUUUUUAAUACUUAGCAUGGAAAACCCUCUUUAAUGUGGAGCUUUUGGAUUUACAAGGAAAAUCUUUACAUUAGCCCACAGCUUCUGUUGGCAGGCCACAUACAGAGAGGAUAUUUAAGAUGGCUAACAAUGGUGCUCCUUAGUGAUCAGCAACCAUUUCCUGCUCUUCUCCACGGGUUGUCGGGAGAAUCUUAUUGAAAGGGCAAGAUAAGCACCAUUUCUGGAGAAUCCUAUUGAAAGGUAAAGAUAAACUCCAUUAAUCUCCAUAUGGACCUCAUUUGUCUCCAUUUGGAAGACCAGACCUGAUUUCCUAAAGAGCCAUUAAGCACCAGCUUCAGAAGUAGAUCCUAAGUCCCUGAAAGUAAGUCAUAAGGGAGGAGCUCUAGGAACAGACCCUAAAGUCCAGAACAAGAUAAUAAACCUCCACUGCCAGAGACCAAUCUUGUUACAACCACAAAAUAGUAGAAAUAUGGUAUAUCAGAAUGCCCGAUCUGCACUGUGCAGCCCUAUUUCACCAUAUGAUUAAAAGUCCAUGACACUGAAAUUCAGACACUGACCUGUCACCCCCUAGCACACAGCAAUGACAUUUUAGAUUACCUAAUUCUUCUAGACGGUUCCACCUGUUCCCUAUAAGAAAGUGUGUGUGUGCCUUUCCUGGGAUCGACAUUUCAAAGAAUGGUUAACACCCACAAACGGGUGUUUUCUACAUAAAUAAGUGCUUUUUAUUUUUGCAUAUUAUCUGGGCCUAAGGUUUUCUUUCAGUGAUUUUCAGACCAUCACAACAUGUGGCUGGUGAAUAUCAAUUCCUCCUUUCUUGACAUCUGUGUGAAAUCACAGAAACGAAUACCUAUUGUGUCCUACAAUAGCCCUGUAACUGUCACUAUCCUUGGAAUCCUUCUGCCUGUGGGUCCUAUACUUCCCUCUGCUAAAGGUGAAAAAUAGACUGUGCAAGCAAUUCACCUUGAUUCAAGAGCAGGAACAGAGGACGGUUGGGGGAGGGGAGGAGGAGGAAGAGGAAAGGGAGAGGCAGAAGCAGCAGGACCAGGAGGCGAAUAAAGAAAUUCCUCCCAGCUCCGAAAAAAAGAACCAAAAAAAAAAAAAAAAAAAAAAAAGAAAAGAAAAGAAAUUCCUGCUGAGUGUUGGAAUGUAAAAAGAUAGGUUAUUGGAGGACUGGCACAAGUGACAUUGAAACAAGAGUCUUGACCAUCAGAAAAGUGUCAGCUCCUACACUAGAAUCCUGGGGCAGGAAAGCCUUUACUGUGUACUUUCAAUGCACUCUAACCCUAAGGGCGGUGCUCACGUCACUCAAGAUGCAGCAGCCAAUCAGGGCCUUCAAGAACACUGUCCACUUAGAAGGGGCAGGAACUUCCGAAUGCUUUCCUGCCUGCUGUAGGUUCCUCACAUUCUUAGCCUAAUGUUGGUGCACAUGUCACUCAAGAUUCACUGGCCAAUGAGGACCUCCAAGAAGACCUCCGAUCAGAAGAGCAGGUACUUCUGAGCACUUUGGUCUCUGCUGCAGGUUCAUCUCCAUUGCAGAGCAACCAUAAUGGAUUGGUUUGAUGUGGUUUGACCUCUGCUUCUCUGUGCCUUAGCGGAGGACGGACGGGUGAAUCGCAAUUGAAUCGCAAUAUGACAGUGACUUAUGAGGAUGUGCAUGUGAACUUCACUCAGGAAGAGUGGACUUUGCUGGAUCCCUUCCAGAAGAAGCUCUACAAAGAUGUCAUGCUGGAGACCUACAGGAACCUCAAUGCUAUAGGCUUUAAUUGGGAAGACCAAAAUAUCGAGGAACAUUGUCAAAGUUCUAGAAGACAGGGAAGGCAUGAAAGAAGUCAGAGUGCAGAGAUUCCCUCCGAAUAUACUCACUGUGGAAAACCCUUUGCUUUACAUGCUCACAGUCAUCCUCAAAGGAAUGAAGAGAUUCAUUCAGAAAAGAAUCCCUCUGAAGUUAUUCAGUGUGUUGAAGCCUUUGCACCUUACACAGUUCUCCAAAUACAUAAAAGAACACAAGCUAGACAGAAACCUUAUGAAUAUAGUCAAUGUGCUAAAGUUUUUGGAAAUCACAGUAAACUUAAAAAGCAUGAAAGACUUCAUACUGAAAAGAAACCCUACAAAUGUCAUGAAUGUGAUAAAGCCUUUUCACAACCUUUUAGACUCCAGAAGCAUCAAAGAGUUCACACUGGAGAGAAACCCUACAAAUGUAAUGAAUGUGAUAAAGCGUUUUCACGACCCAGUAGCCUCCAGACGCAUAAAAGAGUUCACACUGGAGAGAAACCCUACAAAUGUAAUGAAUGUGAUAAAGCCUUUUCAGUACACAGUAGCCUCCAGAGGCAUAAAAGCGUUCACACUGGAGAGAAAACUUACAAAUGUAAUGAAUGUGAUAAAGCCUUUUCACGACACAGUAGCCUCCAGAGGCAUAAAAGAGUUCACACUGGAGAGAAACCCUACAAAUGUAAUGAAUGUGAUAAAGCCUUUUCAGAACACCAUAGCCUCCAGCAGCAUAAACCAGUUCACACUGGAGAGAAACCCUACAAAUGUAAUGAAUGUGAUAAAGCCUUUUCACGACACAGUAGCCUCCAGAAGCAUAAAAGAGUUCACACUGGAGAGAAACCCUACAAAUGUAAUGAAUGUGAUAAAGCCUUUUCAGUACACAGUAGCCUCCAGAAGCAUAAAAGCGUUCACACUGGAGAGAAACCCUACAAAUGUAAUGAAUGUGAUAAAGCCUUUUCACGACACAGUAGCCUCCAGAAGCAUAAAAGAGUUCACACUGGAGAGAAACCCUACAAAUGUAAUGAAUGUGAUAAAGCCUUUUCAGAACACAGUAGCCUCCAGAUACAUAAAAGAGUUCACACUGGAGAGAAACCCUACAAAUGUAAUGAAUGUGAUAAAGCCUUUUCAGUACACAGUAGCCUCCAGACGCAUAAAAGAGUUCACACUGGAGAGAAACCCUACAAAUGUAAUGAAUGUGAUAAAGCCUUUUCAGACCACAAUAGCCUACGGACGCAUAAAAGAAUUCAUACAGGAGAGAAACCCUACAAAUGUAAUGAAUGUGAUAAAACCUUUUUAUACCACACUAGCCUCAGGAUACAUAAAAGAGUUCACACUGGAGAGAAACCCUACAAAUGUCAUGAAUGUGAUAAAGCCUUUUCAGCACCCAGUAUCCUCUACAGGCAUAAAAGAGUUCAUACUGGGGAGAAACCCUACAAAUAUAAUGAAUGUGAUAAAGUCUUUUCAGACCACGGUAACAUUCAGAGGCAUAAAAGAAUUCAUACUGAAGACAAACUCUACAAAUGUAGUGAUUGUGGUGAAGCCUUUUCGCAACACAAUAGACUCCUGAUACAUGAAAGGAUUCAUACUGGAGGGAAACCCUACAAAUGUAAGGAAUGUGAUAAAGCCUUUUCACGGCCCAGUAGACUACAGAUUCCUAAUAGAGUUCAUACUGGAGAUAAACCCUACAUAUGUAAUGAAUGUGAUAACGCUUUUUCACAACCCAGUAGACUCCAGGUCCAUAGAAGAAUUCAUACAGGAGCAAAACCCGUCAAAUGUAGUGAAUGUGUUAAACCCUUUUCACAACAAAAUAGUCUCUAGACACAUAGAGUUCAUACCAAAAGAAACCCUACAAAAGUAAGCAAUGUGAUAACGCCUUUCACAACACAGUAAUCUCCAAAUACAUUAAAGAACAUACACAGGAGAAGUACCCUCCAAAUGUAACAAUGUGACAAAGCCUUUUCCCAACAUAAUAGUCUCCAAAUACAUAAAAAAAUACAUACUGGAGAGAAACCCUACAAUUUAAAAAUUGCGAUAAAAGUUUUCCAAUCCACAUUUAUCUUUUUUUGUUUGUUUUGUUCUGUUUAGAGUUAAAGACAGAUUUUAUUUUAAACUCUGAUUUACCAAAUAAGCUUUUCCUACCCACUCUCAGAGCAGAGACCUUCACAGAAUUCACAACCUUUUGUUUAUUGACUGCCGUUGUGGGGGCCUUGGCAGCCACCAUUGCUAUCUUUGUUACCCGCUUAACCUUUUUUGCUUUUUUUGUCAGUCCUUAUAGCCUGCUCUCAAUGAGCUUUCCUGACUCCCGUUUUCUAAUUCUUCUUAGCAUCAUAUCAGCACGAGACACACAGGGAUGACUCCCUGGAACAUGACUGUACUGAGGGUUCUUUUCUUUUGAUUUUCUUCAGCCUGUGUUUCGUGUGUGUGUGUGUGUGUGUGUGUGUGUGUGUGUGUGUGUGCGCGCGCGCGCGUGUGUGUGUGUGUGUGUUUCUGUAGCGGACAGUCUAGUUCAUCUGCCUAGGAUUCCUUUUGGAAAGUAAUGCAGACUCAUUUUUGCCAGUAAGAAAACUGGAAAACCUUCCAAUGUCUUGGCAUAGUGCUGCCCAUGUCCCAGGUAGGUCUUGUACCCGCUGAAACUGAAUAGCUCAGCCUUCACGGUCAUAGAUGCUCACCUGCCAGGGAAAGACAGCACAGAGCACAGUCAUCUUAAAGGGCAUGGAGGAGUGAGUGAUGUCAUUAAGCACGUGAAGGCAGGUACAAGAUAGGACGAGGCCUGUCAUUGGAUGAGAGGGAAGGAUGAAAGGCAGAGAAGUUUGAGGGAAGAGGAUAUUAUCAAUUGGAUCAGAGGUUAUUGUGUGUUGUUUCUUGGGGGAAUUAAGUUUAAUAGAGUAUGUGUCAGCUGGGAUACUAAGCCACCAUGGAAUUGAGAUGUUUAUUUCUGGCAUGGUGACAGCCUGCCUUGGGGACUGCAUUGGUAGACAGAUUGUUGCCAGGCUCAGAGUGAGGCCAUAGGCAAUGUUAUAGGGGCUAGAGCAAAGAGGGUGAGAGGCUUUGCUGAUUGAGAUUAAGAUAUCUACCAGAUAACUAGGGUCACUGUGGUGCUGACCAAGUGGGGGUAAAAGACAGCAUUCCAUUUUUUAUAAUUUUGCAGCAACACAUACACCUGGAGAGAAGCCAUUGGUGUUUUAUUCAGUAAAUUUUCACCUUUUCCCAUGUAUUUGAGGCUCAUCCUCAAGUUUUCUUCUAUUAGUUUGAGUAUCUGGUUUUAUGUGGAGUUCUUUCAUCCACUUGAAUUUAAGCUUUGUCCAGGGUGAUAAGAAUGGGUCAAUUUGCAUUCUUCUACAUGUUAACCUUCAGUUGAACCAGCACCAUUGGUUGAAAUGUUACCUUUUUGCCACCUGAUGGUUUUAGUUCCUUUGUCAAACAUCAGUUGAACACAUGAGUGUGGGUUCAUUUCUGGGUCUUCAAUGCUGUUCCACUGAUCUGCCUGUAUCUGUACCAAUACCAUAGAGUUUUUAUCCUCAUUGCUCUGUAGUAGUGCUUGGGAAUGAUGAUUUCCCCAGAAGUUCUUGUAUUGUUGAGUAUUUUGUAUGCUAUUCUGUUUUUUUUUUUGUUAUUCCAAAUGAAUUUGCAAAUUGCUCUAAGUCUUUGAAUAAUUGAGUUGGAAAUCUGGUGGAGAGUUCAUUGAAUCUGUAGAUUUCCUUUGGCGAAUUGGCCAUUUUUGCAGUAUUAAUCUUGCCAAUACCUGAGCAUGUGAUAUCUUUCCAUCUUCUGAGAUCUUCAAUUUUUCUUCAGAGGCUUAAUGUUCUUGUCAUGCAGACAUUUCCCUUGCUUGGUUAAUGUCACAACAAUGUAUUUUAUAGUUUAGUGAGUACUGUCAAGGGUGUCAUUUCCCAAAGACACAUGCUGCUCUAUGUUUAUCGAAGCCUUAUUUAAAAGAACUCAGAUGGCCUCGAACACAGGAAUGGAUACAGAAAAUGUGGUAAGUUUACACAAUGGAGUACUAUUUGGCCAUUAAAUACAAUGACUGCAUAAAAUUCUUAGGCAAAUGGUUGGAACUAUAAAAUAUUAUAGUUACCGAGGCAACUCGGUCACAAACAGACGCACAUGAUAUCCACAAACUGAUAAAUGGGUAUUAGCCCAAAAGCUCACAAUACCCACAAUAAAAUUAACACAUCCUAUGAAGCUCAUGAAGAAGGAAGACCAAAGUGUGGAUGCUUCAGUCCGUAGAAGGUGAAAAAAAAUACCCACAGAAGGAAAUUAGGAGACAAAGUAUGGAGUAGAGACUGAAGGGAAGACAUCAAGAGAAUACUCCACAGGGUGUUCACCCCACAUACAGUCACCAAACAGAUACUAUUGCAGAUGCCAAGGAACGCUUGCUGACUGGAGCCUGAUAAAGCUGUCUCGUGAAAGGCUCAGCUAGAGCCUGGCAAGUACAGAGGUGGAUUAUUAAAGCAAACCAUUGGGCUGAGUACGGGGUCCCCAAUGGAGGAGUUAGAAACAGGAUUGGAGGACCUAAAGAGGUUUCCAACCCCAUAGGAAGAAUCCCACAGAGCUGAUCCCACAGAGCUUCCAGGCACUAAACACCCAACAAAAGAGCACACGUGGAGCCAUCCAUGACUCCAGCUACAUCUGUAGCAGAGGAUGGCCCUAUUGGAAAUCAGUGGGAGGAGAGACCCUUGGUCCUGUCAAGCUGCAAUGCUUCAGUGUAGUGGAAUGCCAGGAAGGCAAGCAAGAGUGGGUGGGUUUGUGGGAACACCCUCAGAGAAGUAGGGGAGGGGCUAUGUGAUAGUGGGUUUCUGGAGUGGAAACUGGGAAAGGGGAUAACGUUUGAAGUGUAAAUAAAGAAAAUAUCCUUUGACAGAAAAGGAAAAAAAGAAAUGGAGUCUUCUUUAGAAUGUCACAGCCUUUAGACACACAGCACUCAGGAUGAGGUAAAAUGCCUUUCACGUCAAAGUGCUGCAGUCAACUACCUAAACGGAAACAGGUGGUUAAUGUGAGGUCGAUUUCUUAUUUGGAAUAUAUAACAUGGCAAAACCCCUCUUUUUUUCUGGAGCUUUUGAGUUCACAAGGCUCAAAGUUCCACUAGGCCAUAUCUUCUAGUGGAAGCUUACAUAUGUAAGGAUGAUGAAGAUGGGAACUCUUUCUUUUUCUUCCUGCCAUACUCUGUCAAGAGAGAUCACUAUUUUUCUAGCAUUCAGGGUUCUAUGUUAGGAAUUCUGGUAUAUGCUUAAGACCAGCUGAGACAUAUAGACACGACUGUAUUCUUCAGCUUGCCAUUGUUACACAGUCAUUGUUUUACUCGUGGACAACAUUCCAUGAGACAUUUCUCUAUAUCCACUUCAUCCAUACAUAGAGAGAGCCAUGGUUUGGGUUCUGUUCAUCUGGAAAACCUCUGCUAAUACAGAUAUGUGUUUUCACCUCCCACUGAGGAAGAUGUGCUGGCUUCUAAUAGUGCUUCACUGAGAUUGCCAUCCAUAUCCUACUUUUUUCCCAGGGUUGUCUUGAUUCUCAUAUUGAAAGAACGAGAUAAACCCCAUUUCUGGAGAAUUAUUUUGAAAGGGAAAGAUAAACCUUUUUUAUCUCCACUGAAGCAACCCUUGUAUACAUUUGGAACACCAGGCCUGUUUGAAAAAACAGACAUAAAGCACCAGCUUCAGGAUAGACUACAAUUAACAUAGAGAAAGUCAUGAGACACCAGCUCUAGGAACAGACAAUAAAAUCUAGAACAAAUUCAUAAACACCCCUCGCUCCAGAGACCAGUCCAGGUAUAAGUACAAAUAUGGGAAAUACCUUUUCUCCGAAUGGGCCAUUUGCACUGGGCAGCCCUAUUUCAUUACCUGGUUAAAAGUUCAUAACACAGGGAUGCAAAACACUGACAACGUGUGACCUCAUAGCAUCCACCAAAAAAAUAUUUUAUUAUGCUAGAGAUUUUCCCUGGUUCCCUAUAAAAUGAUUUUGUGCUUUCCCUGGGGUUGGUAUUUCAAAGAAUGGUUGACCUUUGUAUGAAGACCGUCUCUGCACAAUAAGCCAUCUUUGGUUUUGCAUACUAUCUAAGUCUGGGGUCUGCCUUCAGUGAUAUUCAGACCCUUACAUUAUAUAGCAGAUGAAUAGUAGCUACAGUUUUCCUGAUGUAAGUGUGAAGUUACAGAAACAAACAUCAUAUUUUGUGUCCAGGAAGCUCUUUCAAUUGGGAACACCCCAUCUUUCAAGGGGUCAUAUAGUGAAUAAUGGACGUUAUAAGCUAUCCAUCUUGAUUCAAGGAGGUAUAGUUUGAGUGGAGGAGGAGGGAGAGGACAAAGGGGUGGUAGAAAAAGAAAAGGAAGAGGAAGAGUGAAAAGAAGAACAAGAAGAGGAACAAGCCAACAAGAAGAAGGAGAACAAGAUGAGGAAGGAGGAGGAAGAAAAGGCAGAGCAGAAGAAACUGAAGAGGAGGAGGAAGAGCGUGAGAAGGAAAACAGGAGCAGUAUAUAUGGAAGAGGAGAAUGAGGACAAGAAGAAUGAGUGGGAGGAGGAGGGGGAAGAAAUUCCUGCUGGGAGAUAGAAAGGUGGGAUAAUGGAGGACAGGCAUAUUUGACACCAAAACACAAAUCUUGGGGAUCUUAAAAGGGUCAGCUCCUGGACUAGAAUGCUGGCCCAGGAAACCUUAAGCUGAUGUGUCCCUUCAGCACAAUCCAACCCUAAGAGAGGUGCUUAUGGCACUCAAGAUCCACUGGCCAAUGAGGGCCUCUAGGAAGAGAUUGCAAUCAGAAGAGGAGGGAUCUUACAGGUGCCUUGUUCCUACAGCAAGUUCAGCUCUCUUGCUGAGGAUGCUUCUAAGGUUGGUAUAAUGUGUUUUGACCUCUUCUGCUGAGUGCUUUCCAGGAGUGCAGGCCUGAGCUACUAUGUCUCAUUGUGGUGAGCAUGUGACCACUGUCCCUAACCUGAAUUAUCAGAGGACUGAGAAUGGGGAGGUGGCCAAGUGGCCCUCCUGUGUGCAGGGUGUAAAUUAGCAGCCACCUUUGAGGUUCUUGUGGUCCUAGCCACUAAGUGUUCUUAUGGGUUUCACAUGAAUAACUUCAGUAUGGGAGCCUCAUCUGCACAAAGCAUUUGGAGCAAGGGAUUUCAAGUACAGAUGCAUCUUUGGCAUGAUUCCAAAUUCGGAGAUCUUGUUUCUCAACAUCUGAACCUUUCCUUAAGUAUUCCUUGCUUAUUCAAAAUUUCUCUGUUGACCAUUCUCUGCUUAGUACUGUAUACUAUACUUUAAUUGGGAUAUUUGAGUUGUUUCUGUCUAACCUCUUGAGUUCUUCAGAAAUUUUUAAUACUAACCCUAUGUAAGAUAAAGCGUUUGUGAAUAUUCUGUUUCAAUCUGUAGGCUGCUGUUUUGUCCUACUGACAGUGACCUUUACCUUAAAGAUAUUUUGUAGUUUCAUGAAGUCCCACUUUUCAAUUGCUGAUGUUGGUGCCUGAACCGUUGCCACUGUUGUCAGGAAAUUGCGUCUUGAGCACUUGUGUCUGAUAUUAUGUUGAGGUCCUUGAUUCAAUAGGACUGUGGUUGAUGUUUACAUGUGUUCUUGGGUUCAGUUGUGUGUGUGUGUGUGUGUGUGUGUGUGUGUGUGUGUGUCUGUUGUGGCUUCAUUUUCAUUGAAUUCUGGAAAGUGUAUAAUUACUUUCUUAUUUCUUCACUGACAUGGUGAUCAGAGCAAAAAGAAUAUUUAGUUUGAGAGAAGUUUUAGGCUAUCUGUUCUGUUCAUGGACAGAAGUUUCCCUACUACAGCUGUGUGUUUUUCACCUUCACACUGCGGAAGAUGUUUCUAGGUAAUGAUAAUGCUCCAAAAUCAUUUUCAUCCAUUUCCUUCUUUUCUCCCAGUGUCAGGAGUCUCUAGGUAGUAGCUGCAGUUGUCCUGAUACCAUCGUGAAGUCACAGAAACAAAUGCAAUAUUUUGUAUCCUAAAUCUCCUUUUAAUUGGAAUCUUCUUAGAACAGUUCUCCUGUGAAUGUGAUAGUUCACCCUCCUGCAAGUUGAAUAGUGUAUUGUGAAAUAUAUCCACCUUGAUUCCUGGAGGAAGAAGAGAACAUGCCUGCUGAGUGCUAAUGCUGUCUUCAUUUUAGAUUGUAACCAUAGUAUAAAUACAAGUAAGCAUAACCAUAGUAACUAUAAGUAUUGAAGAAAAGUAUAAGUUGAUAAUGAAUCUUAUUUGCAAGAAAAAUGUUGAAGUGCUAUCUCUUUUAAUGUGUUAUUGCAUUCUUAGAGAGAAACACUUAUUCAGAACAAUUUUCUCAGAACCACAAUGAGUUCCAGACAACUGUCGCAGUGGGUAUGGCUGGUUGCUUCUAAACCUCAUGACAUAAUUUCAGUUUCCAAUAGACGUAUAUUAUCUAUGAAUUCUUUUCUCAUUUCUAUAGUUAGAAUCUGGCAUAGGUAUGUCACACACUGGCAGUAUAUAAAACGUUAAACAAAAUAAGGAACAAUGAUGUCACUUGAAGCUAAAAGCAUACUUGGAUCUUUUCUGUAGAAUGCACAUAGUGGAAGUAGACAAUAGACACCUGUAAGGUGCUUUUUUCUCACUGCUACCUAUACCCAUGUCACAGGUGUAGGUACACAAACACAGUUGAAAUAUUUCUUUAUGCAGAGGAAAUGAACAAUGCAAAGAAUAUGCCCCAUUUUUGAGAAAAUACGAAAUGAUUUUCCUGUUUAAAUUAUUAUUGCAAUGUUUCAGUAGGUAUUACUAAACAUCAAACCCAUGAAGCUUAAUCUGUAAGUUUUACCUUGCCAUUCAUUCUUUGAUUCAAACUAAGUAUUGAUAAAACAUCUCAGUUCGCCUUGGGCUGCAUUCGUGUAAUCACAGGACAUGGGGAGGGUGGUAGGCCAGUCUCUCUGAAUUUGAGGCACAUUGCUGUACUUUGCAGUGACAUACUUUAUAGCCAAUUUCUGUCUCAAGAAAGAAAUCCGAAAAGAAAGAGCAUACCUUAUUUUAUUGACAUUCCUUAAUAGAAUCUCAGUGUUUUCUGGACUCAUUUGGCAGCAGUUGGAGCCCACAACAAUGCAUGUCAGGUGUACGUCUGAUGUGAGUUGUGCUUCGUGUAAGGAGAGAACAGGAACAUGCAUACGUGAAGAUUGACAUACUGAAUGGGAUCCUAUUCGAGUUCCUUGAUGACUAAAAAACAUUCAUUUUGGAACUCUGUUGGUAACUCUGGGUGACAUCAAGUCUGUCUUCAGGGUACCAUGGACCUCAAACAGAAAUCACUCUAAAACUAUGGAAGUCAGGUAUUUAGAAAGAACAAUGGGGGCUGGAGAGGGGCUCAUCAGUUAAGAGCACUGACUGCUCUUACAGAGGUCCUGAGUUUAAUACUCAGCAAUGGCACAGUGGCUCACAACCAUUUGUAAUGGGAUCAGAUGACUUCUUCUGGUGUGUCUGAAGAUAGUGAUGGUGUACUCAUAUUUAUAAAGUAAAUACAUCUUUAAAAAUAAAAGAAAGAAUCAUGGACUAUUGAUCAAUUACUAGGGAGUGGGCUUUGUAUAUUAAAGAGGAAGAAAAGGCCCUCGACCCCAAUUCUUAGGGUGGACCUGAACACCAGCUGCUUUCCAUUGUAAUCUCUGUAUCCACUCAGAUGUGGUGGGUCAGUCCUGUCAAGUUCUUCCCCUCCUCUUUUUCUUUCGCAACAACUACACAGAUCUAUCUGUUUAGCACAAUGCAUAGCCUCUGUGGCAGUCUCCAAUUAAAACUUAAAGGCAUUUAGUGGCCACCCAAUGGUCCCUGUAAAUUGCCUGCAUGGUAGGAAUUAGGUAGUCAAAACCUACAUUAAUAUUUCUCCUUUUGCUUAUGGCCUAAUAGAACACUGGACCCCAUAUCCUUAGAAUUUCCCUUGGAAUGUAAUUCUUAAACAUGACUGAUUCCUCUAGGUAAGGACUUCUGUGCAUAACAAAAGUUUAUUCCUUAACUGAAUACAUGUCAGGGGGAAAAGCACCUAAAAUUCAGUUAAAGAAUUGGAAAAGGGAGAAAAUUGCUGUUCCAAAUGAGUCACACUGAGCAAAUACAUUAGUCUAUUUUCAUUUCUCAUUAAUAAUUUUGUUUUGUUCUUUUUAUUCAUUUUUGUUGUUUUAUAUGAAAGUGUAUUGUUACCAGGAGUCUCUGGCUGCCCUGGAACUCUUUCCUGUUCUAGAACAUCAGAGAAUUCUGCCCACCCUGCCUCCAAAAUACCAGCAUUAUAGGCGAACUUGUCACAGCUAGAUGGGUCAGUUCUUUUGAGUCUAUCUGGUUAGGGUAGCUAAGACACAGACUGUGGUCUUAAGUCUAGCAAUAGAUGUCUACCCUGAAAUGCAGCCCUUCAACCUUCAAUUCCAAUGUCUUUCAAAUUAGGAGGAAUUUUGUUUUUGCUUUAUUAUACUGUUUGUUAUGAGUCACCAAAGGACUAGGGCAGAGUUCUGUCCUUAUUAUACAGAUGGUGAAACCCAGACUCAGAGUGCUAUGCCAUUACUGAAUAGAUAUGUGGACCUGCUCACCUUGUUCAUGCUGUGAUUCUAAUUACUCAGUAAAUGAAGUGGAAGGCAAGGCAACUGCCAGGAGCCAAGUCCUUACUCAGCCUCCCUCUCAGGAAUGUUUCAGGAAUGUCAAGCCCACUUACACCCUCUGGGACAUAGAAGCCAGAUGUCCAUUCUUUUUUUUUUUUUUUUUUUCUUUUAAGAAAUUUUAGUUUUAUUUAUUUAUUUAUUUUUUUUGGUUCUUUUUUUUCGGAGCUGGGGACCGAACCCAGGGCCUUGCGCUUCCUAGGCAAGCGCUCUACCACUGAGCUAAAUCCCCAACCCCUCAGAUGUCCAUUCUUAUCACUUUUACAACUUCUGUCUCCAGCAUCUGUUCUUAUCAGCCCAUACCUGCAAAUUACGGUUUAGGGCUUUAGGGAAGGUGGUGGCAAUGGUCUCUCAGUCUUGGGUCCUGGGUGACCUUCCCACCUGCUUGUCUUUUUUUUUUUUUUGGUUCUUUUUUUCCGGACCACCUGCUUGUCUUUAUAAGCUGCUGUUUUUGUUCAUUGAAGUUUGAGAGCUUGAUCAGAACACAGACUUGCUCUCCUUCCUUGUGCCUCCUGUCCUCCAUUCUUUCGCCCCCUCUCAGGUCUCCACUGAAUCACCGCAGACCGGGGCACUCAACCAGAUAUGGUGGCACAGGUCUGUAAUCACAAUGCUUGGAAAAUGGAGACAGUAGUUUCAGGAUUUUACAGUCAUCCAAGGUGAAAGUGAUCAAUGGGGUAUGGUGCUAGUCCUAGAGAAACAAGGCAGACUGUGAUUGGCUCAGACCAAUAUCCAUAGUCUUCCCUGCAGCUCCAGAAGCUCAAGGUCCUGAAACCAGUAAGUGUUUGGUAAGGUAUUUAUCACCAAACAUUUUCUAUUAUUGAUAUUUCUUCCCCUAGACAACCUAGGACCAUUCAGGAUCAGUGUAGAAUCCUAGGAGGAGUCCAAGGGCAACAAUUAUACUCAGGAUGGGAUGAGUUCACUAGUGUCAUAUAGAAAGCAAAUUAUUCAUCCCUGAAACUAUAAAUCAGGGCUGCACCGGCAGGUUUUAUUGAUAUAUUUGUGCAUUAUUUUUCAUCCUUAACAAGAAAAAUUUGAAAAAAAUGGGGACAGAUAAAGAAAAAAUAGAGCAAAGUGAAAAUAAUGCAAUAUAUUUUUACGUAAUGUGUAUAAAAAUACAUUUUAUAUGAAAAUGUGUCCAAAUAGAUAUCUUAGCACUUUAAGAUAAACUGGUCUUUGUUACAAUAGACAAGGAGUCUUAUUUUCAAAACUACUUGGUUGCUAAGUAUAAUUACGAAGUACCUGCUGCCCACUUCUGGUCUCAGCUUAUACUGUUCUCAGACCCAUGCAGUCAAGAUACCAAUACAUAUAAAAUAGCAUUUAAAAAGAAUAGCUCUAAAAGCUGGAAUUCUCCAAAGUGCAGUCAUUGUCCUGAGAAAGAGAGCAGUCAGGGAUAAAUGAAAUGUAAUUCAUUCUUGUCCUGCAUUGAUGCAUCCAUUGCCUUCUUCUGAACCAGCUUGUUCAGGAAGAAAAGCUGCUUUACUAUGAUAUUAGGAUAGCUCAGCAGUGUUGUUCAUGUAAGAGCAGUAACCACAGUACUAUCAGGUGAGUUUUCCAUGAUGUAUUCUCUGCCUGUUCUCUGUCCUUUGUAUGUGUGAGAAUUGUGGCAUUGAUACAUCAUUUAAUGCUACCGUAGAGAUCUUACUUCAUGAUUAAAAUGUAAAUCUGUGCUGAAAACCACCAUCUUCCUCAGAUGCUAGACUUGCAGAGUCCUUUCCCUAUUGAUGUGGUUCUAAGGAUGACCUUGGGCCUAAAACUCAGAAAUAAGUAGGAAUGAUAGCAUAUGUGGAAUGCAAAAUCUGUUCCAGUUUGGUACUCUUUGAACUGAAUACACACUCUUUUUAAAGAUAUUUUUAAAGUAAUUAUUUAGUGUUGGGCAGUAAAUCCCUUAUCAAACACAUAUUAAUGCUAGAGCAGCUGUACCUGCAAACUAGAAAGAUGUUUCUGAGAAAAGCUCUACCGCAGCCAUGUGUCCCUGGUCCCAGUUGUUGCUCCUGAGGGCCACAAAUAUUGUCUUCUUCAUUAGCAAGCUAAAUUCUUAAAUUAACUGCCCACACCACCACUCAGUUUUAAAAUUCCCUCUUGGAGCCAUGUAGACAACAUUCAUUGAAGCAAGAGGAAAAAGAUCUGCAUGUGGAGCAUGGCUCUACCUUCAGACCACAGUAGGAGGACUAGUUUCUCGUGUAAAUCAUGGAGACAAAUAGGGCAAGCAAACAAGUGUUAGCGCCAAGAUUAUGUAGAAGUACCAGGUUGUGCCACGGUGAGUGAUUUUGUAAUUUCCCAGCCUGUGUUAAUUCAUGAUCUGUACAAAUUGGGAAGAUUAGCUUGAUCCAUUUAAUAUUGAAUUUCCAACGAGAGGGCACUAUUGGAGAUAUGUCCAAUGCACUUGCAAAUUUACUUCAGCUCAGACUGUUUCAAAACAAUCUGAUGUUCUGUGGAGCUCUAGUUACAUAUAGAUCACUGUGAGCUGCCAUGUAUAUGUUAGGGAUAAAGCCUGCUUCUAUAGUUAGUGCUUUUUACAACAACCCACUUUGAACAUAGUAAAGUAUGAUCUCAUGCACAAGGUAUUUGGGACAAGAGGAGCAGCUUUGAAAAGAGCUGCAAGCAUGUAGAGGAGUUGACCUACAAGUGAGCUAUGUGUGCUUCAGUGACAGAGUUGGCAGAGUAAGGAUAGCUAAGUACACUGUAGUUAGGCGACUUCAUCAUAAUCUCAAGAAGCUGAACAAUGAUCUUCCUGACUCCAUGUUUUCCUGCUGGAUUUAGUCUUGCUUUGGUCUGUUCCAUCCUUAGCAUGCUUUGACUCAUUGUGAAGUAAUACCGUUUAUUCUUCACACUGUAUGGCGGAAACCUAGCACUCUUGUUGAAGGUCAUGGAAGAUUGUGGGAGUGUAAGGGGUAGUUUGCACUCUCUAAGAUUUUAGCAAAAUGUGGUGUUGAAAUGGGACUGUGUCUCAUUCACUCACAUCUAAAAAUACUUAUUUUCCAGUACCUGGAAGACUGUGGAAAGGAAUAGAGAUGUGAGCACAUGUGUAUUAUGUAGAUGAUUUAAGAACUUUUAUAAGCCUAUGACCAUGCAAAGUGUGCUGCCUAUUUCCUUUCUGAGUUUCAAAAUGUGAACUCUAUUUUCUUCUCAUUUCCAUGGGUUUUUAUUUUCUUCGAGAACUCUAAGCCUUUGGAUGUAGAAGUCCAAUUUAAUUCUUUCAAUUAUAAUUUGCCUUGGCCAUGAUGUGUUUUAUGACAAUACUAAAUGUUAACUAUACAGAAAGGUUUUUUGAACAGUGAGAGCACAGUACACCUCCCCUUCCAAUGAGAAACCAUGGAGGGUAUUUUCUUUUCUUUUUUUUUUUUUAAUUUAGAGAAUACUUUAUUAGUUUUUGUAAUCAAACCCACGUAUAUAAGACCUUACAUAUUUAAUACAGUGUGUUACCACUGUACAAAUGGAAGAAACUUAAGUUCAACAUUUCUAGACCAAUAUGGCUGUUAAUUUCUGUACAGUGCCAACUCAACACAGUAAACGGGGAUACUUUUUUCGAAAGUUGACAGCACAGGUAAAGUUUCAAAAAAUUCAAAUUAUAUAUCUGUAUAUAUAUAUUUAUAUUUAUAUAAAAAGACCAAUAAUAGCAGUGUGUUAUGCAUCAACAGCAGCAACAGCUUUUCCAGGUUCUGCAGUCAUCUGAACAAAACUGUAGAGACAUCCAGCACGCUCCAUUAAAAAAAAAAAAAGUAAAAAAACAAAACCCGAGAAAACAGCACAGUUCUGUUACUCUUGUGGUACCUGGCACCAUUUUUUUUUAAAUUAGCUUCUCAAUCAUCAUCUGGAAAGAAAACAUUCUGAGCAACAUCAUUAAAAACAGCUCUGAUAAAGUACGGUCACUACUACGUAUCAUAAAGCAGGUACAAGCUAUUUUACAUCCACAGAGGUAUGAUACAGUACUGUCCUACAUCUAUAAUACUAGAGGAUACAAUUUAAAAGGCAUUAUUUGAGACUUGAUUCUACUUUUCCAGCAGAGGGCCCAAAGGAUGGUGUGACACAGCUUUGUAAAGAAACAUACUCUAGACAGGAUUUCCUUUCACUAGUGGCACACUUCUAAGGAUUCAUUCUCUCCAUGAAUGUCAGCUAAAACCGUUAUUAAAAAAAUGAAAUAUCCCUAGAACAAAACCGUAUAACCACCGGAUUCACAUGAAGAUGACCUAGUGGAGACAAGCUGGACCUCACCUUACCAACAAGCUAUCAAAUCUGUUAUGUUUAAACAGUGAGACCUCCAAGGAAGGAGAUGCCAAGUAGUGCUUCAAAGCUUCGGACCACAAUCAAACACAGCAUCCUUUUCAACAGAAGCAGAAGCUCAUCUGAAUAUGCUCAUGGAUGCUGACAUCAACAUUUAAUCAUCUCCUCACUCAUCCAGGAAGAGGGGGAGAUCAGUUAUUAUUGUACUUUAUUGUGUUCAACCAAAUCACCAUGUUACAAAAAUAGCAAGCUGCCAUAAUAAAAAAUAAGGCUCCUCUA